UUUACAUUUGAUUUUCACAUUUUCUCAUCUCAAUUCAAUAAUGCCCAUCAAGUUACAUUAGCUUAUUAAAUCCAUCAAUAUAUUUCCUUCUUUGUUUGUUCUAAUAUAUAACCAUUUUUUUCCACUCAUGUCAAAUGAAAAUGAAGAAUUUUCUACUGAAAUUUUACAAAGGGGUGUUGAAAACACUGGCCCAAAUGAUGGCCCAAUUUCAUUCUCUGUUAGAGUAAGGCCUAGAAUGCCAGAUUUCCUUAGUUCUGUUAAUCUAAAAUAUGUGAAAUUGGGUUAUGGUUAUCUCAUUAACCAUCGCUUGUAUUUACUGUUCGCACCCCCUUUGCUUGCUAUCUUGAUUAAUCAUAUUGGAAAGUUCACUUGGGAAGAUCUCUUUGUCAAAUAUAACAUCACUGAAGCUGUAUUUAUCUCUGGACUUGUGUUCCUUAUGCUCUAUUUAUAUAUUGAUUCUACACCCCGCUCUACCUACUUGCUUGAUUUCUCGUGUUUUCGCCCUUCAAAUGAGUACAAGGUUUCUAAAGCAGAGUUCAUUGAGUUGGCAAAAAGAUCAGGGAAUUUCAAUGACACUGCCAUCAAAUUUCAAGAACAGGUUCUUAAGAAAUCUGGUAUAGGAGAUGAAACCUACUUGCCAAAAGGAGUUUUUCGCCCCGGCUACACAUCAUCAUUGAAAGAUGGCAGAGAAGAGUUAUCCCUAGUGAUGUUUGGUGCAAUUAAGGAUCUUCUUGUAACCACAAAAGUAAAACCAAAAGAUAUCAAAAUUCUAAUAGUAAACUGUGGAAUACUAAACACAACACCAUCAAUCUCAUCAAUGGUUAUAAACCAUUUCAAGCUUAGAUCUGAUAUACAUAGCUUUAACCUUGGUGGAAUGGGUUGUGCUGCUGGAAUCACAGCCAUUGAUUUAGCUAAAGACCUUCUUGAUGCUUAUCCAAGAUCUUAUGCAUUAGUAGUUAGCACAGAAGCUGUUAGCUAUUCAUGGUAUAGUGGCAAUGACUCUGACAUGCUUAUUCCUAAUUGCUUCUUUAGAAUGGGAGCUGCAGCCAUCAUGCUCUCGAAUUUUCGCCUUGAUAGAUGGCGCGCCAAGUAUGAACUCAAACAGCUGGUUAGAACUCAUAAAGGAAUCGACAACAAAAGUUACAAAAGCAUACAUCAAAGAGAAGAUAAAGAAGGAAAGAAAGGACUUUCAAUAAGCAAAGAUGUCAUAGAAAUUGGAGGACAUGCAUUAAAAGCCAACAUUACAACACUUGGACCACUAGUACUACCUGUUUCUGAACAACUUCAUUUCUUCACAAAUUUACUUUUCAAGAAGAAGAAAUCAAAGCCAUAUAUUCCUGAUUUCAAGCUAGCUUUUGAGCAUGUAUGUGCAUUGGCAACAAGCAAGAAAGUGUUGGAUGAAAUUCAAAAGAAUUUGGAGCUUACAGAAGAGUACAUGGAAGCAUCAAGGAAAACAUUGGAGAGAUUUGGUAACACUUCUAGUAGUAGUAAUUGGUAUGAACUUGCUUAUCUUGAGUUCAACAAAAGGAUAAAAAAAGGUGAUAGAGUUUGUCAAAUAGCUUUUGGGUCUGGAUUCAUGUGUAAUAGUGUUGUUUGGAAAGCACUUAGGAAUGUUGGUAAACCUAAACAAAGUCCUUGGAUUGAGGAUGAAAAUUGAAGAUUAAAGAGUAGUUAUAGCUUUACUUGCUUGAAGGGUAUAUCAAAGAACAUUAUACAAUGUGUUCAUAUUAUGAUGAGCAAUGGAAAAAUUGCAAAGUCACAAAUUAAAUAAAUAUUAAGAAGAAACUAAGUCUAGUGCCUAUAACUUGAAAUCUAUUUCAAUAUAAGAAUAGAAGAAACUAACACUA